UUUUUGAAAAAUAUAAGGAAUAUAUAAUCUCUAUUUUUAAGAAAUAAUACUAGUAUUAAAAAGGAAUUUUAUGAAUUAUACUGAACCAGAUAUUUUUGACAAUUAUUCAAAUGAUACUAAAGAGACUCUUAAAGAAUUAUCUGAAGAUAAGUUUGAUAUCGUAGAACGAUAUGAAGCUAUUUUAGAGGAAGAUCCGAACAUUACAAUGCCUAUCGCUGCUAUUGAAGCAUUGGUUGAUUUAGUUCGUCAUACAAAGGUUAAUACACUUUCUGAAUUUACUAAAAUUAUACAAGAAGGAUCCUUAAUUUUAAAAUCUUCAGUUGUUAAUUAUAUUUCUGUUUCUGCUGGAUGCGAUUUAUUUCUCAGAUUUGUAACUAGAUCCCUUAAUGAUGCUGAUGUUGAGUCAUGUAAACAUCAUCUCGUAUCAAAUGGAAAGUUAUUUGUAGAAAGAGCUAGGAAAUGUCGUGAUAAAAUUGCGUCUAUUGGAGCGAAGUUUAUUAGAGAUGGUAUAGUAAUAUUGGUUCAUUCAUACUCAAGAAAUGUAAAUGCGUUACUUCUGGAAGCAGCUUCGAAAAAUAUAAGAUUUAGUGUAUAUAUUACAGAAUCUCGUCCUACAGGUUCAGGAAUCAUAACUUCUCGUAUUCUAUCUGAAGCAGGGAUUCCUACUGCAAUAGUACUUGAUUCCGCUGUUGGUUUUCUUAUUCAAAAAAUAGAUCUUGUUUUGGUUGGCGCAGAAGGUAUAGUAGAAAAUGGGGGUCUUAUUAACCAUAUUGGAACAUCACAAAUUGCAACUUUAGCAAAAGUGGCACAUAAACCUUUUUAUGCUGUUGCUGAAAGUCACAAAUUUGUUCGAAUGUUUAUCCUUUCUCAGUUUGAUUUGCCUACAUCUGGCCCUAUUUUACAAUUCUUAGAUCAAAAAUAUCCUUCAGUUCCAAAAUUAAAUUCGCGACAGUCGUCUCUUAAUAUUCAUCGUGUUAAUGAGCUGAAAAUGACGGAAGAAGAAAUUUCUAAUAAUCCUAUCCUUGAUUUUACUGCACCAGAAUAUAUUGAUGCUCUUAUUACUGACUUAGGAAUUCUAGAUCCUAAUAGAGUAAGCGAAGAAUUAAUCAAGCUUUAUCAUUGA